UUUAACAUUUGACCUAUGAAUGUGCAGGAACUGGUGUCGAAGGGCAGACACCAUAACUGGCGUAAUGUGGCAGCGUUCAUCGCCGUCGGGAUCAUAGUCCUGGUGCUGAUCAUCAUUGGUGUAGUGUUGCUGGUUGGAGGAUCGGCAAAAGAGAAGCAAGCAGAGGCUAUCAUGAGUGCGGGGUCCCUGUAUGGUGAACCGAGCCUCUCCCUGGAUGACAUUAUAAAGGGAAGGUUUGCUCCAAAUGGAUUCAACGGUACCUGGAUCUCAGGCACUGAAUUCUUCUACACAAAUGAUCAGGGGGAUGCCGUCCUUUUUGAUGUCGCAACAAGGAGAUCGAAGAUCAUCGUGACUACUAGGUUUCUGAUAACGACAAAUAAGAUACCAGACGCACCAUUUAAUUUUGAAUUCUCUGCUGAUCGCAGGUAUCUCCUAAUUGCUCAUAAUUAUCGAAAAAUUUUCAGGCAUAGUUUCCUUGCCAGUUAUCAGAUUCUUGACUUAGAAACAAGAAAUAGCAUCCCACUUGAAAACAGUGACCACGGACCUGAGAGUACAGUACAUCAGUUAGUUGUUUGGGCUCCAGAAGGAAAUGGGUUUGUGUACGUGCACCGUAAUAACAUUUACUACCGACCAACUGCAGCCAGCAUAGAUGAGGUUCAGCUGACAAGGUCUGGUAUCCCAGCUUUUCCAGAGGAAGUCCUCAGUUCAAAUAAAGCUCUGUGGUUUUCACCAGACAGCAAGAAGCUUGCAUAUGCAACAUUUGAUGAUAAUAGAACCAGAGUAAUGUCAAUACCUUUCUAUGGUUUACCAGGCAGUCUAGAGUACCAAUACACUCAUGCAGUGAAUAUUCGAUACCCUAAGCCUGGGACACCAAACCCAACAGCAGGGUUGAGUGUGGUGGAUUUAGAGGAAGCAAUUAAUGGAAACCCAAAUAGUGUGGAACUUCAGCCUCCACAAGAGCUAUUACAGAGUGAACCUAUUUUGAGUGCUGUGACCUGGGCUACAGAAGACAAUGUAGCUGCUGUUUGGAUGAAUCGUAUACAAAACAUUGCGAAGAUUGUGUCCUGCAGUGCACGUACUUCACUCUGUUUGGAGUUACUGUCUCUGAGAGAAUCGUCUGGUUGGGUAGAUUUGUUUACUGCCCCCCUCUUUUCAUCAGAUGGUACCAGAAUGGUACUAAUCCUUCCACAUGACCAAGGACCAAGUAAUGGUGCCUAUCGACAUGUGAGCAUUGUGCAAAAAGGCAGAAAUGUAGCACUUACUUCUGGGAAGUUCACUGUCACAGAGAUUGUGUCUUGGGACAGGGCGAGGAACUUAAUAUACUACCUAGCAACUGAAGAGGUGGACCCAGCUGUCCUUCAUCUUUACAGUGUGUCUGAUAAUCCUGAAACAGCUCCAAAUAAGCCGCUGUGUAUUUCGUGUGCUGUGCGGACAGUUACAGAUAACACACAGUGUUUAUAUGUCAAGUCUACAUUCAGUCUGGACAGCAGCUACUAUACACUUACAUGUUCAGGACCUUCUGUUCCUGAAGUUUCCAUUUUCAAUAAGGACCAUAUAAAGUUGAUGGUAUUGGAGUCAAAUGAUGAUUUAAGACAAUUGCUUCAAGGAAAAGCACUUCCCAUUGCCAAGCAGCUUGAAGUGUCUGUUCCUGGAGGUUUUAAGGCACGAGUACAGCUUUGGCUGCCACCAAAUAUUGACAUGUCUGGAAAAACUAAGUACCCACUGUUGGUUAAUGUGUAUGGUGGUCCUGACUCAUACCAAGUCACAAAGCAAUUCACUGUUGACUGGAGUACAUACCUGACAGUCAACAAGAGCAUAAUUUAUGCAGCUAUUGAUGGACGUGGCUCAGGAUUGAAGGGAAACAACAUGUUAUUUGCUGUCUACAAACAUCUUGGAAGUUCUGAGAUUGAUGACCAAGUCAAUGUAACCAGGUUUCUUCAGGAGAAUAUCAAUUAUAUUGAUAAGGAAAGGACAGCCAUCUGGGGCUGGAGUUAUGGUGGCUAUGCAACUGGUAUGGCACUGGCAAAAGACAAACUGAAUGUGUUUAAGUGUGGAAUUUCAGUGGCCCCUGUCUCUGACUGGAGUUAUUAUGAUACUGUCUACACUGAACGCUACAUGGGCCUUCCUUCAACACAUGACAAUUUGAAGGGGUAUAUAAAUGCAGCUCUAACCAGAAUUUCCUCCAACAUUCGCAACAAACAGUAUUUACUGGUUCAUGGGACACUGGAUGACAAUGUACAUUAUCAACAAUCUAUGAUGCUUGCCAAAGCAUUAGAGCAUAAUGACGUUCUGUUCCAACAGAUGAGCUACCCUGAUGAAGAACAUGGUCUGACAGGAGUACGGCCACAUCUUUACCACACACUUGGAAAUUUCCUUGACAGAUGUUUUGAUUUACAGGAACAGAAAGUUUAAUUUCUUUUCAGGAGCUAACAACCAGUAUAUUAUACACGAAAUUAAAUUCUGAGUACAUGAAUAGGACCAACUAUGGAGAGACAAAAUAUCAGAAUUAAGACUUAAAAAGCAAUCACUGGUUUUGCAGGCUGUAGAGGCUUCCAUGAUCAGUUGCACAGAAUUAUAUCAUCUUAUGUAAUUUGAAGUAAACAAGACUUUAGAGAACCAACAAUUUGUUUAUUGUGAUAUUUUUAUUUAUUGAUUGAAUUGCUAUUGUGACAUAUUCCUCAGAAUAUACUGUAAUCACAUAACAUAACAGGAUUGGAAAAGUAUACUCUUUAAGAGUACACUGACUUUCCAAAGGUGUUCUUCAUACAACACCACAGGUAAUGAUUGCAGCAGGGCAUCCAAGGGAAUAAAAGAUGCUAUAAUAAUAUAGCCAGGCAACAGUGGUACCUUGGGUAAUGGUUGCACAAAAGUUUGUUCCAAUAAUGAUCCAUUGUUGCUGAAAAAUUCUACAGUUAGCAUGGAUGCUGGAGCUGUAACCAGUAGAAACCAAUCAUUGGUUCUUGGAUAAUUGAUUUUUUGCUGUUAAGACCAUUUUAAUUCAUAUUCCAGAGUUUACCUUUUGAAAAAUAAGAUGCAUUUUUUUGAUUUUGUCAUCAUCAGCAUUUUUUAACGCAUUAAGAUUGUGAUGGAUAUUUUCCAUUGUCCCAGACAUUUUCGAAGUACACAAGAUUUUGGGUAUUAUAUCUACUGCCACAUUCAUAUAAUAUGAUCUGACUGAUAGAUAUUUGGUGUGUAAAUAAUGCCUAUUAAAAUCAUUCCAUCCAUCCAUUUUCUGUCUGGACACAUGUUGCAAUUCAAAAAUGACAAUGGAUUUUCACAAAAUGCGACACUGGGAAAUUUUAUGAAAAAUUGUCAAACCACUUCUGUUUUCGCUUCGAUUGGACAAUUCUAACAGCCAUUUCACAUAUACACAUUUUUUUUUUGAUGUAAUGAUACUUUUUAGUUAAAAUAAUCAAUUGAUCUUUGUAAUGGUGACACAUUGAAUUUUCUUUGAGACAGGAACUGGAUUCUCAUUUAGAAAUAGUAGUUAUUAUGAUACAACCAGACCAACAUAUAUUCUGCUAAAGGUCCUUACUUAUUUGCCCCACCUGUUUAUAAGAGAGCAUUAAAUUAGCAUUCAUGAACUGAAAACAGAGACAAUAACAGAGUGAAUGUGCCAGAAUUGUUAUGAUAUGCAUGCAUGCAUUUCCUAAUUUGUGUAAAAUUCACUUCUUUUUCUAUAGGCAGAGAUGAAAUUUUGUCACCUUGGGGGUGAUGUGAUAAGUGUAUAAACUUAUAAUCCAAAUGUACAAUGAAUCAUCAAUGCCAUUCUGAAUCAGUAAAAGUAGGUAAGAAAAUUAACCAAAGACAUGAUCACGUAUUAGUAUCACCAGAAAUAGUCCUUGAACAAUGCUUAAUAUGCCUCAGAUAAAAGAUCUUGAAACAUUAGUCAUAAAUUAGCCCUUUAUAGUUCCUUUCCUUUGCUUUUGCUGUUAUGAUGUAGAAAGAAAAAAGGCAUUGCUUUUAAGUUUCCCAUAUUCUAUUUUGUUCAUAAAAAUCAAAGAAGUUAUUUCUGAAUGGUGUAAAUUAGGAAGGCUGCCUACAUGAACCUCAUACUAUCUUGCUCAUUUUAUGUGGCAAGAUUGACAUAAGGCAUACCUAAAUUAUAUUUUUGUCAUAUUAUGUAACUCUUCUGACUGAAUGGUAUGUUUUCGAUCUCAUCUACUGUGAUACUGUGGCAUAUGUAUCCUAAUAAUCGUCAGUAUGAAUUUGAUAUCUGUAGGUAGUAACAGUUAAAUAUGUGUACUUUAAGUGCUCUCAAGUAUAUUAUGAAAUUGCUGUAUAAAAAGGGCUCUAUUAGCCAUUUAACUCCAAAACAUGAAGUCAGUGUUUAAUUCUGCAGUCAUAAGAUUGUAACCAAAGGGGUACAUAAUAUGAGAGGUUUAAUUCUGAUUUCUGUUUUGUAGUUCUUAUUGAAAAUAUAAAUCACAAUGGCUUAUGCAUAAUGAAGUUGAACAUGUCACAGUAUGCAGUACUGUUAACCCUAGAGUUAGAGUCCAGUUGUGGCAGCUCUGUAAUACCAGAACUUAAAUCUCCCUGUUUCUGUAUGAUAAAGGUUAAACAAACUUUCAUGAUUUUUUGUGUAUUAUGAGUGUUGGCAUUUAUUUUGUUUGUUUGUUUGUUUUCUUAUGCUUUGAGGGAUACACCAAAAUGGCCAAGCAGGAUUUAAAGAAUAUGUUUAAUUUAUGGUUGUAAAUGUUACAGAUAACAAAUGUGUGACAAUUCUUGAUUGUACAUAAACUAUAUAAAUAUGCACCCAUGAUGAAUUGAAGGAACUAUAAAUUUUAAUACAAGGAUAUGAAGUUCUGUCCCCCUCCAUUUCUGUAUUUUGAAUGUCUCUUACCAAGAAGAAACACAAAAAUAAAGAAUACAACCAGCAACAUUAUUCAGGUUCCAUAUCACAACAAAUUUCUAACUUUGCCAGUUUUAAAACUAGUGCAGCUAUAAUCUCACAAAAAACCAUUGGGGGUUAUAAAGAUACAAGGAGAAAAGACAUCUUCCUAUUUUAGAUGUGAAUAUUAGUAUUGAGUACAGUUUUACUCGGCAGAAUGUGUAUGAGACACAAGAAGGUUGUUAUGUUGAAGACCUGACCAAAAAUAUUUUGCAUAAAGGAAAGGGAAAAUGUAAUGUAAAAUGCUAAAAAUGUAUGGAACCUACCUUUGAAAUUAAGCUCAAUUCAAAUACAAGAAUAACUGACAAUAAAAUAUUAACAGUGA